CACACACACGCGCGCGUGGGUAGUGCACACGACGAGACGCCUCGUUCGUUCAAUGUGGUCAUGCCUUUGAUUCUUUUAACAUAAAGAACAUUAUAUUUUUGUGUGAAAAAACGAAGAUGACUUGUGUGUGAAGUGCCAGAAUUUUUCACGAAUAUUUGCCUAUAGUAGCAGUCGAUUUAAAAGCGAAUAAAUGUAUCACAAAUAAAGGGCACCCCGUACUUCAAUAUUUAUAUCGUCUUCCAAAUUACUAACUGGAGCUGUCUAAACUUAUUCAACAGUUGGAGAACUAGAAUUUUUCAUUUGACAACAGCAUAAAGCAUUGAUUGGACAAAGAAUACUUGACUAAUAUGUAUGGCAAUCAUUGUUUCACGGAGAAACUGUCAGUGGCAAAGCAUAAUAAUGAUUAUGACGUGUGCAAUACGGAGAUGGGACAAAAAUUCUUUGUUCAGUGGAGUCCACAAAACGGUCCGUGUUAUUUAUCAAGAAAUAAAUACGCUUCGCCAAGAUCUCUAAGUAAAUCAGUUCCUGGGAGGAAUAGAACUUUAGUGCGUUACAACAUCAACAGAUCAUUGAAUUUUGAAAUUGGUGGUACGCGUGGUAGAGCAAAUUCCUACAAGUCUCAGAAUUCAAGCAGUAACAGCAGUUUCUCGGCGGAUAAUGAUCAUCAUUUGUCCAGAUCGGCAAAGAUUUUGCGUGCUCUCAAUAUCGAUUACAGCCCUUUGAAAAGCACAGGAUCAGCAACUCGCAGAAUCAACAAAUCCUUGAAUUUUGAUUUAAGUCCAAGCCCUAAAAAAAUCAUGAGUAUCGGCAGAAUUCCACACAACAGAUCAGUGCCAAAUUCGAUUUCGCCCUUACCCAAGAUCAACAAAACGUUAAAUUUUGAUACGAGCUCGGGCGAAUCGAGUAUCAACAGUCGCGUGGAUUCAUCGGUUGAAUCGAUUGACGAGAACCAAAAUCAAACUCCAUCACAGAGAAACAAAAAAGCAAAAAAAUCUCUUGAUUAUCAAUCUCCAAAUUUUACCUCCACGAAUCUUGCAUCUCCCAUCCUGGGUGCUCCUUUGCCAUCGCUACGCAGUGGUUUGCGGAACAAAAUUAAUUCUAUCCUACAGAGCACAACACCACAUUCUCAACUCCUAAGAAGGAAUUCCAUGAAAAAUAGAUCUGAUGAGUUUGGUGCUAGCACGCCGAGGAAUCUCUAUAAUGAUUUUCAGGAUGAGGAAGACGAGUGCAUGCACUCAGUGGCUCAAAAUAACGACAGAUCGCAAACGCCAGAGAACUUCAUCAAAAUUGUUCCCGAAAGCAUGAGUGCCAUUAAGAAGAGCCACAAAAAGGAAAGAGUGCUUGGACGCCGAGAAAAGUCUAUGGUAUACCAGUCAGAAACUUGCUCAGGUAGCGAGUUAUUAAUUGAUACGGAGAUGAAUUUGGUGAGGGACGAAAAUGGGCCAAAGACACCGUCCAGCACUCCAUACGAGAGUCCCCAGUGCGGUCAUAUUAAUUCAAUAAAGCAAUCGCACAAGAAAAACAAGAGCAGGGGAAGAUCAUUUCUUGCAAAUUCCGAAGAUGAGAUGUCUGAAACCGGCUCAAUUUUUAGUUACACAAACGAAGAGGAGGUGCCUGAAAAUUCUUUUGAAAACGAAAAUGUUCUUAUUGACGUUAUGAAUUCUGCCGAAAAGGUCAAUUCCGACGUAGACGGUAUUGCGAUGUUACCGGAAGACGUUGAAGACGGAAAACAGGCACAAGAAGAAAAAACGGAUACGGCAAAUUCAUCGACCGAGCAAACAAGUGAUUACGAAAACCUUUCAACACCUGUGAAGACUGCUGGAACGCCGGUUCCUCGUCCGGGGACUCCAGAAAACCGUAUCAACUUUUUACAGCGCAUUAUGACCGAUUCGAUCAAAAAAUCACACAAGAAACUUAAAGACACUAAUAAAAAAUCGUUAUUCAAGUCGAGAGCAUUCAGACCGGAAGAUGAAGAAAAUGAAAACUCACGAGCGACCACCUCGAACGACGUUGUCGAGGACAAUCGCGCAGCUACUCCUGAAAAUACGAACUCAAGUCGUUUGUUACUUUCUCAGUAUAGUUCGGUUAAAAAAUCUCACAGAAAGGAUAAGCAUAAAAGAAUGCUUUCGGGCUCUUUGCAAAGGAAAAAAUUCUUUGGUCAGGAGACUGAUUCUGCUUGGAAUUCCGACAGUGAAACUCAUAACAGUAGUGUUUCAUCUUCUAUAGAUGACUUCGUUAGUUUGUCACCAUCCCAAAACUUCUCGGACUUGGGUAAAGCCCCAAAUACUACAAAUUUGAAUGACCCUUCCGAGAAACGCUGCCUCGAGAGCAAUGGGUGUGAAUGGGGAGUUAGCGCGCUUCCUGAUUCGGAUUCGUACAAAUCAUCACCGAACAAACGCAAAAAUACCUCUGACGAUGCUUCAUCUGCGAUUUUCCAAUCAUCCUCGAUGCAGCCAUCGACAUCCGCGACUUACGAGAGUGCGGAGGAAGAAUUCAAGAUUUUCACACCGAUAAAAAAACGAAAAUCUCUGAAUUUAGUAACUCCGGUCGCUCGAAGAAUUUGCGACGAUGAUUUUUCCCUCGAAUGCAACAAACUGCCGGAAGAUCCGUUGCCUCAAAGUACCAAUUCGAGAUGUUCCACUCCAACGACCGCAGGACCUAGCAGUUUUACAGUUAUCACGAAUACUCCGAAAACCAAUAGCAGACAAGAAAAUGGUACUUUCAUUCCAAUCACAAAUAAUUCCACGCCUAUAAUUCCAUCGAGGAAACGACCUGGUAACGACAACUGUGGACGAGUUACACCCCAAGAUCAACCAACUUCCGUACUUAUGGUCGACAUUAAUUCCAUUAAAAAAUCCCAUAAAAAAGAUAAACGAGGAAACAUAUCGAGGCGAUCUUUGAUGUGCGCUCAGGACGAUGAGAACGAAUCGGCCGCUUGCGGAACUAGUCUAGAAAGAGACAAUUCGCCAUCUUCACGAUCGGCAGAUAAUCAACGAGCUUCGACCAGUUACAAAAGUGCUAAUGACUCCUCUGGAAUUGAAGCUUCAAACGAAAACGAAUGUAAAGUUCAAACUCCACCGAAUUGCUUGGGAGCUAAAAACUUUUUAAAGCUCUUGCAAACGGAGUCCAUCAAACGAUCUCACAAAAAAGUUCGGGAUCGUAAGAAAUUCGAGCCGGUUGUAAACUGUGAACUCUCGAAUGACGGCUCCAUUUUUGAUGAAUCUGAACGAAGCAUCAAUAUCGAGAGCGAAGCCUUCAACGAAUCCAGCAACGAAACGUUUACCGAUACAGAUGGUAGUUACAUCACGGGCAACUUUACUUCAGUAACUGAAUGCGUUGAGAACUCGUAUCAAAAUAAGGGUCGAUAUCUUCGAAGUGCGAGCCGACGUUGUGCCCGUGGUAAAUUGUCAAACGAUGACAUCUCCGAUCCAGAAGAAAAGCUUUGCAAUCCGUAAUUGAAAACAAUAGUAAUGGCGUAAAAAAGGAAAUACUGAGCACCAAUAAUUUCUCAAAUGAAAACCACGCCGACGUACGAAAAGGCUAAAUAUCUCACAGAUAAUAAUCUGUGUGGCACUAAAACGUGUCAUACAUUUAUUUUAAUAUUUUAACUAUUUUGAAUUUUGCAAUUUUAUACCACAUAGAGUUGUUGAAUUUUAAUCCUGUUUAGAUGGACUGUAUUUUUCUCAUAACUGUUGUUAACUUCGGUUUAAAUCUGUAUGUUUAUGUACUAUGUGAAUGUACUACUAGCGUUGAAGAGUGGUAUGUGACUAAAAACAGUGAAAUUCUGUAAUAAGAAAUUUUUAACACAAAAAAUUAUUUCUACUGUAAAAAAAGCAACUCGAGCUUCAACAGCUUCGAUUUUAAAUUAACGUUUACGGUUUUUUUUUCAAUGUUAAACAUUUAUCGAUCAUUUUAAGGCGAUGUUCAGGCUACAAUCACAUACCACUGAUUAAUAAUUAACGAUUUUAUUGGACUACAAAUAAUAUUGUAAAGUUUUAACGAGGCGUACUUUCGCGGUCAGUAGACGAGGUUCGAUGCCGAGUCCAGUUUGGAAUAAUUGAUUGAAAAUUUAAUGGCCAAUUUUUUUUCCAAACUUUGACAGACCGUUUCUGAACCUCGAAGAUUUUUAUUCCGUGACUAAUCUCAUGCGUCCAUUGAUAUUGUUUUUUAAAAAAAUCUGAAAAAAAUGGAGCGUUCGAACAGAAACCGCCGUGCCUUGUAAAAAUUCGUUUCAUGCAAUGCGUGAUAUAUCUCAGCGUCAUUGUUAACGUAGUCAUUGUUAACAGAUCUACGACAUAUAAACUGAUCAUUUCAACGGAAAUUAUGAUUCACUACGUUCGUUGAAAGGAAACGAUAAAAAUACGAUUAAAAAUUUUACAAUUCGAAAAAUCGGAGCCGAAGAACUCCACUGCGACUGAUCAUUAAAAUAAAUAAAACCUAAAUCAAUAUCCAUGUAUUCUCACAUACGCAAAGGCCAUUUUUUCAACACCAAUUCAAGUUUGAAUUCAGUUAAAUGUUAAAAUCACAUUCAAAUGAAUUGAACUAAGUUUGAACCGCGUUGAGAACAACGGCACUGAGUUUGAAUGUCAUAUUGUAGCUCGCUGUAACUCUAAGUUGAAAUGAUUUUUCGUGCUCAGAAUAGAUUUAAAGAACACCAAGAAAAUCGGCUUUCCAUCACUUAUACGUAACUAUAAUUAUGUAAAAAUUCAAUAGAAUCAACAAAGCGAAGACAUGAAAAAGGAGUAAAAAAUUUAAAAAAAAGAAGAACGUAGGAAAUUUGUUUCUCAUUAUUAGCCUAAUGGGGAACAAAUUUUUGACCGAAAAACCAAAUUCAAAUGUACGAUGUACACGAUUAGUAAAGCCGUUUUCCUUAGUAGUUUUUCCAUGUUCUGAACAAUGAAAAUCAUUUAAAUAAAAAUAAACAUGCCACUAUGUUAAUUGAUAAUUUACGAAAUAUGACUGCAACGAGCUCAUUGUUGAUAGCUCGUUUUUUAAACUGAUUUACAAUCAUUGAACAUCCCUUGAUAUUUCAAGCAAAGAAGGAAAUGAAACGGACGAUCGUUCAAUUUAAAUAGAUUCGAACGGUAGAGUAAGAUUUAUUCUUUUUUUUUUGUAUGGAUACAGGAUUCAAUAUGUGAUAUAAUAAUAAACCCAGGCAAAAUCGAA